CCACAACAAAUGGAGGGGCUAAGAUACCCAAAUUGAACUAACGAUUUGGUGAUUCAGCUAAAUUCUAGCUUAAGAUAGCGUGCCUUAGGUAGCUGUGGCCAGAUAUUCGGGAACCAUUUCAGCCUUUUUAACCAACUUUUUUGCCAAUCUUCCCCAAUUCACCACCUCCCUCUAAUUUUUGAAGGGACACAUAUACCACUGUAGGGGGAUACAAAACAUACUCCAUCUACAUUCUGCAUCCAGCUUUUUAGUUUCCUCCUUCAUAGUUUAUUACCCUAGUUCUAUCAAGCCAGUGCUAUAUAAUAAGGUUUUCACAAUGUACUCGGCUAGGAACAUAGUCUUUACGCUGUUCGCGGCCGCCGCAGGUGUCUCUGCGGCGGAUGCUGCGUCGGAUGUUACGCAGCUAAACAAGGACACAUUUAACGACUUCGUCAAGGGCAACGACCUCGUCUUAGCAGAAUUCUUCGCUCCGUGGUGCGGUCACUGCAAGGCGCUCGCCCCAGAGUACGAGGAGGCCGCUACAACGCUGAAGGAGAAGUCGAUCAAGCUAGCCAAGGUCGACUGCACAGAAGAGAGUGAUCUCUGCCAAACAUAUGGUGUCGAGGGCUACCCGACACUCAAGAUCUUCCGUGGUCCGGAUAACAUCACACCCUACACUGGUCAACGGAAAGCCGCUGCAAUUACUUCAUACAUGAUUAAGCAAUCUCUUCCCGCAGUUUCGCUUCUUACCUCCGAGACGCUCGAAGACUUCAAGACCGCCGACAAGGUUGUCUUAGUAGCCUUCAUCGAAUCCUCCGACAAAUCUUCUAAUGAAACAUACACAAAGGUCGCUGAGAAGUUCAGGGAUUCUUACCUCUUCGGUGCCACCAACGAUGCUGCGUUGGCUGAAGCCGAGGGUGUCAAGGCCCCGGCCGUCAUCUUAUACAAGCAAUUCGAUGAAGGCAAGGCUACCUUCUCCGAGAAGUUCGACGUUGAGGCCAUUGAGCAAUUCGCUAAGGUCGCAUCGACUCCUCUGAUCGGUGAGGUCGGCCCCGACACCUACUCCGGUUACAUGUCCGCUGGUCUCCCCCUUGCCUAUAUCUUCUCCGAGACUGCCGACGAGCGUAAGGAGCUUGGUGAUGCCCUGAAGCCCAUUGCCGAGAAGUACCGCGGCAAGAUCAACUUCGCCACUAUUGACGCUUCGGCUUUCGGUGCUCACGCCGGUAACCUUAACCUCAAGACUGAUAAGUUCCCUGCGUUCGCCAUCCAGGAGACGGUGAAGAACCAGAAGUUCCCCUUCGACCAGGAGAAGGAGAUCACCCACGAUGCCAUCAGCGCCUUUGUUGAUGACUUCUCUGCUGGCAAGGUCGAGCCCAGCCUCAAGUCUGAGCCCAUCCCCGAGAAACAGGAGGGUCCCGUUACUGUUGUCGUUGGUAAGUCGUACGAGGACGUUGUCUUGGAUGACACCAAGGAUGUCCUAAUUGAGUUCUACGCUCCGUGGUGCGGUCACUGCAAGGCUCUUGCUCCCAAGUACGAUGAUCUCGCCUCGCUAUACAGCAACAGCGAAUUUAAGGACAAGGUUGUCAUCGCCAAGGUUGAUGCUACCAACAACGACGUUCCCGAUGAGAUCCAGGGUUUCCCUACUAUCAAGCUAUACCCCGCUGGCGCCAAGGAUAAGCCAGUGACCUACAGCGGCUCUCGAACCGUUGAGGACUUAAUCAAGUUCGUCAAGGAGAACGGCAAAUACAAGGCCGGUGUUGAGGAGAAGAAGGAGGAAGAGACCCCUGUUGCCCCGGCCGCAACCGAGUCUAGCAGCAGUGAAGCUGCCCAGGAGACGCACGAUGAACUAUAAACAUGAAAAGAAAAUUAUAACAGAAUAAAGAAUGAAGCAUCUGUACAGUGUCUUUCUAGUUAUAUCGACCGGGCAAUUCCAUCAGCCGGCACGCUGGGUCAAUCUGGGACUGGGGGUAUAUAUGUUGACUUCAGGUAGAUCAACAUAGGAAAGGUUCAUGAAUUUGAUUGUCUGACGAAUCGUGUGGCUUUAAUAUGCGGAUAACUAUGAAGGCGAUAAAGUAGUAGUAAAAACGAUGAAGACACGAUUAUACUGUAACUGGCUUACUACGUGUAAUAAUGUACCCAAGUAGGUGCUUACUACUGGCCAAAUACAGCAGUAACCAACCAGCACGAUUGGUUCUGUAAGCCCUCCCGAGGUUAACUACAAUAGAAGGUCUUACCGAGAAAUAUCCGCUAUAGUGAAUGAAAUUAGUGCAGGUGGAAUGCGUAAAUGGGGACCCACUUUAGGUACCCCAACUCAAUUGAUUGAC